GAUACUAACGUGGGAUGUAGGGUUUGUUGCGUUAUAUUGUGAUACCUCGUAGUUUUGUGAUCUGGGUAAAUGUCUGGGGUUCUAUUCAUGCCAAAAAUUUACUACCGAGUGAUUAGUUUUUAAAACGUUAAACACCUUUUCAGACUAACGCGUCAAUCGUAUUGAUACGUAGUUUUCUUGUAUAUAUGAAAUAUCGAAAUUAAAUGUUUCUAGGUUUUACAAGUAAAACUGUGUAUGAUGCUACUGCACACUGCGUUGUUCCUAAUUUUGCUCAAGCAGGUGUUAUUUCUUGCAGAUCUAAUGUGCUCACUACUCCAUUAGUCGUAAAAAUCUUCCGGAUACACAUUUAAAAUUGCGUUCUAGGGAAUCAGGUUUCUGGUUGUUCUGUUUUUGACAAUCGCCUUGUCCCGGGUAAGUCUCUUAAACUGAUGGAGGACUGAACUGCUGUUGACUAAACAUGCACUACGCCUUUUUGAGAAAACCAAUUGUGUUUCUGUCCUCAAGUGUUGUUGAGCACAACUAAUCUAAUACCACAUAUCAUAGAUAAAUCAACAAGGCUCUCUUCCCAUGAUGUUUCAAAGCCCAAUGACGCAGUCUUGUCUAAAAUGGGGUACUAUUGAAAAAUCUAUUGUACUAGUGAAAUGUGUUUACUAAAACUUUUCAUGAACGUGUCACAUCUGGGUUGGUUCACUCUUAUCAGCGCAGUUAUUCCUUAUAUUACUUCUUUUUGUUGUAAUAUCGUAUUAUCUAUUGUAAAUGUUCGAUUUGUCACUUUUCCAUGUUUUAGAUAGAAUGAAACUUAAACUUCAAAACCAGUAAGAAUGAUUAUUUUCGUUUAGCUUAUUACAUUUUAAUACUGUCCAUUUUAAAAUUAUUAAGUUUAUCAGGAACCAUUUAUUCUACGCAUCUGAAGGGUGCUUUCACCUUCUAAAUAGGGGGUAAAGUGUUUAUGACCUCAGCAUCUAAACUACAGUUUAACCACUUCUUAACAAUUGGUCAAUUCAGUUUUUGAAAUGUGAUUCUUGAAAUCAAGGUUGUAUUUAUAUACAUAUAUGUCGUUUUUAAUUGUCUGUUUUCAUUUUACUACAAAAUUUACUAGCAUUAUUAGCUUACCGUCGUCGAUCACCAGGGGUUCUAUCUUUUCUUCGUUGAGCUUAGGGAAAUAACACUUAUCUUCUGUUGUUCAGUUAUGUGAAGAGAAUCAAAUGCUCAUAGUUGUGGUUAAACAAAGUGCUCAACCUACUUAGCUUUAUUGUCACGUCAUUAUGGAGGCCUCAGGAGAGUUUUACGUUUACGAGGUAAAACCUGGAGAUUCACUGUCGGCUAUCGCUGCCCAGUUGGGUUUUGUAACCCCUACUCAGAUUGCUAGAGCCAAUCAUUUACCCCUCAUGAGUUAUGGCCUCCCUCCCGUUCUUCCUGGUCAACGUUUAAUUAUUCCAACAGCCGCACGUGCAAAUUACAGUUCAACUAAAAUAAAGCAUCUUCCUGGUGUUGCGUUGCGCGUAGAAGAUAUGGACAAGCAAAGUGUUGAUACUACAAGUACUGGAUUUCUAGCUGUUCAACCCUUCUUUUAUACAACACGUGUUUUGAAUCCUAAUAAAUCCUAUCCCAUUGAUGAUGAUGCCCUAGAACGCCAAUUUGUUAAAGUGAAUGCCCUUCGUAUUCUAGAAAGUCUUGAUAACUUGAUAGAUGGUGUUUUGUUGGUCACACCUGAAUCUUUAUGUUUCGACGCAAGUCAAACUGCAGUAGCACAAAAACAGGCUUAUAUAGCUUCUCAUUCUGAAUUAUCUUCAAGUGAUUAUAACAUUGAUGCUACUCAUGACAAAAUGAUUGGAUUACGUUAUGACUCUGACAAUAAAUCAUCCACCUGCCAUGAUAAUAAUGUUGAGUUUUCUUGUUGUCAUAUUCCUCAAGAACUACUAAAUUUAGGAUUAUGCAUUCCAUUAGAUUCAAUCAUUGCUAUGAAAACGCUUGUUGAAAACGAUGUUAUACGUAUUUUCAAGUCCGAAUGUAACGAUAAAAUAAAUUCAUUAUCCAACUCAACUUUGGAAAAUGAAAAGACAGAAGAACAUAUCAAUGUACAAAGUACAAAUGAAAAUACGAAGUCAACUGAUGAAAAUACUGAUAACCAGCGAAAUAAUUCCAAUUUACCCAGUAAUCAUGAUAAGGAACAGCCUGACGAAACUAGUAAAUCAAUUAUAAACGACAAUUCCGUUGGUCUCUCCGAUAACACGUAUGCUGUCAAUAUUGAUGAACGAUUGAAAACUCCUGAAAUUGAGACAACUUUGUCAACAUCAUCAUCACCUCACCAACUACCAACAACAUCUUUAGAAACAUUGAGUACAUCUGAAAGUCAAUUAUUACAAAAGGAAAGUAACAGUGAAGACAAAAACGUAACUAACGUUACAAGCGAUUUAUAUUUGAGAAUCACUGUAAUUGGAGAUAUAACUCAUAUAUUUCGUCUUGCUGUUGAUUGCCUUACUCAAGUCUACAGUUUUCUUUUACGUGCUGGUGUAGGCAGUUUAGACAAGCAUAUAGAAGUUAACAAUGAUUCUGAACAGAUCGUUAUUGCAAAUUCUGAUAAAGAACAGGCAUUAGAUUCUGAUUCUACAGUAUGUCAUCGUCGUAGUUUAGUUGAAGAAAUGUUAGAAAGUCUGGAACAAUCCAUUCAUGUACCAAUACUCAAUGGUGGUGAAAGCAGAAUAUUAACUAAUGACAUGCUAGUAGAUCUUAGCGUCAACUUCCCUGCACAUUGGACUAGUUCUAACUUAAAUUCUAUCUACAAAUCUGAAGAUGAUGGCUAUUGUUUAAACACAGUUUACAGAAAGUGUAAAGAUGUUGAAGGUAGUGUUCUAUUGCUUAUACGUGAUACAAUGGGCGUUGUAUUUGGUGCAGUGAUGUCGGAAAAAAUGAAAUGUAGUAAACAUUUUUAUGGGACUGGUGAAACAUUUGUCUUUCAUUGGAAACCAACAUUUAAAAAAUAUUGUUGGACUAAAAAGAAUUAUUUUUUUAUGCGAGGAUCUCUUCAUUCAUUUCAUAUUGGCGGUCAAAGCGGACGAAAUGCAAUAUGGUUUGAUGAAUCAUUAAAAUAUGGUUGUAGUGAACCGACAGAUACAUUUGACAAUCCUGUACUCAGUGGAAAUUUACCAGAUAUACAAUUCUCUUCUUUAUCAUUGAAUAAAUCUGAUAAAAAUGAGAAUGUAUUAAUACAAAACAAUAAUAAAAAUGUAUAUGUUAAUUCUAAUCAAUUAAAUCCAACUAUAAAAUGUCCAUCUACAGUAUGUGAUAGUGUCCCAUUCAUAAUUGAUACAUUUGAAUUGUGGCAAUUAAUCAGCUGUUAAUGAUAAAAAUUUUACAUAUUUUGUUGUAUUUGACCUAUCUAUAUUUCUUGUUAAUAACUUAUACAAAUCUAUAUUGGAAAAUCUUAUAAUAUUUAUUAAAUUGUAUUACAACUAUGCUAGUAUCCUUUUAUUUUUAUGACAUACUGUAUGUAUAUGAAUGUUGAAUUGUGUAAUAAUGAUAGAAAUUGUCAAUCAACUUUUAUUUUUCUUUAGUUUAUGUUGAACAAACUUAAUUGAAUUAUUAUUACUAUUAUUUUUAUUAGUUAGAGGAUCUAUAAUUUCAGCUUGGAAAUAAUAUGUUUACGGGCAAUAAUUAAUAGAUUGAAAUGAUUUCUCUCUUUUGUUUCGUUAUGUCAUUCCAUUAAUUGAUCAGUGUGCUUUAUUUUCUUUUUUUUUUUUUUUUGUAAAAUAAUUUUUAUUGUUUUUCGUUUACUAAAAUAUGAAUAAACAAAAGUAUUACACUUGCUUUUGUGUCAUUAUCCACAAUUAUUUCACUUCAUAUCUACCAUAUAAUAUUUCAGUCGAUCAGUCAGUAACAACGUAGAACUUCGCACGUACGUACAUCAGUUUGAGAUGCCAUACCACAUUAUCACAGAGAUGCAGAUGUCGAUUCAAAUCCCAUAGUGGUAGAGGCAGUAAGAGUAUAAGCAGUAGUUGGAAACAAUAGGGUUUGAAGGCGU